CGCCGCCGUCGCUGUCGUCGUCGCCGUCGCCGUCGCCGUCGCCGCCGUCGCCGCUGUUGUGCAAGUUGAGCAUUAAGCACGGCUACUGUCCGUAAAGUUUUGUGUGUGCUCGUCGUAUCCAGGAUCGUGUGCAUCAUCGGUCAUCAUUCGCCAAUAAAACGAUGACCCGUUCCCGUUGAAAACGUCGAACGUUCUUCUUGAUACAAGGUACGUCCUACUUACUACCUAGUACACACCUACUUAAUACUACGUACUUGAUCGUGUUCGUGUCGCGCCCUCAUAGGCGUCCCGUUUGCGUUCUGACAACACCCCCACCCUCGAGCACACGGUUUUUUAUUAUCGUUCGAUAGGCAUAGUUGAUUUUCUGGUUUUUCGUUAGGCGUAGUCGGCCAAUAGCAUCGAAAAUCGAUGGGCGUAGGCUCGCUUAGUUGACUGUAAUGCACCUAAUUUUGGUCGAAAUUCUGUUCAUAAUUACAGCUGGACACCUAAUUACUGCUCAUAAACUUCAGGUGUCCCGGUUUGGAUUUCGUAAAUUUCCACAGUGUUUAUAAUAUGUAUAAUUGUGUACUUGCUCAAAUUUUUCUAUACCCAUAAUAACCAUAACCCACAUAUUAGUGGUACGUGCCACACUCGGGCAAGGACUGCUCUAGGCGUAAAAUUAUGGACGUACUAAUUCAAUUAAUUAUUACAUUUUAUUGAAUAUUGUACUUACUAUGUUUUAUUCAAUUAUAUUACGUGUCAAUAAAAAUAUUAGGUACCCAACAAUUUGGACAAUGCAAAUUGUUAAGUCUGAGUUAAGUCAUUGGGGUAUAAUACACUUUAAAAUGACAUCUUACCUACCUACUUUAAAAUUAUAAGUUUAUUUUAAUUUAACAAUUAUCAUAGGUAAUGUAAAUAUUUGUAAUUGCCUGUUCUUAACAGAAUUCAAAAUAUUUUUUUAAACCGAUUAAUUAUUAUCGGUUGAAAUCUAGAACUUGGGUUCAAAAAAAAAUAUCAAAAUAUCGAAAAACCACCCUUAUAUUUUUCCUUCCUCUUCCUUACCUGAUUCAUGUUAUGUAGUUAGAUUAUCCAUUUUCCAAUUUUCCUGUAAUAAUAUGCAAGAUUUUCUUUCAUAUGUAAUAAACUAUUUAUAAUAUGUCUCUUGCUAAAAUCUAUUAUAUGUAAUUGUAAAUAAAAAUAGUGAUCGUACAGCUGUAAAACCAUUCAGUACCGCCAAAAGCAGUCGUAAAAUUCAAGAUUUGAAAUUUUAGCUACUACUGUUAUUUGAGGUGGCUAUACAAAUCAAUAACUUAUUUAUAUUUUUUUGAUAUUUUGACAUUUUUUUGGAUUUAAAAGUCAGACUUCAACCUUACUACCUAGGUAUCAACAUUUUGGAAAAUUGUACUUCCUUCUAGUAUUAUGAUUUUAAUAUGAAAAAAUUAUUUAUUAUAUCCUACUUAUGUCAAUUAUCAGGCGUAGAUCUACGGGGGAGGGUCGAUUGCUUCCCUCCAUUACUAAUUACAUAAAAUAGAAAAAUUUACUGUAUCUCAUAAUUUUUAAAUAAAUAAUUAGUUAUUUUUAAAUUUCAGAUUUGUUUUUAAUUUUCAUCUGAUUCUUAUUAUUCUGAUUAUCUAAUUGCGUAUCAUCGGAAAUCUUUCAAUCACCAAUAAUAAAUUAUUAACAGUCACAUAAUAUGUUGGGAAACAGCCGAACACACCUUAUCUUAUCUGUAUUUCAUAAAACCAUUGAUUUUAUAUUUACAUACAUUUAUGUUAUAUUAAUAUAUUAUACAACUCCUUCAUUCAUACAGUCUUAUACUUAUAUACCAUUCAUUUGAUGCAUUCAUAGAAAUAAUACAAAUAAUUAGCCUCCAAUACAGGUUAAAUAGAAAAUAAGGUAAUUUCAUUUUUGAAAAUUUGCCCCCUCCUUUGGGUGACCCUGGAUCCACUACUGCUUAUUAUAUUAUCGUACCUACUUGGUACGAUUAUAUUUAUUUUAUGUAUCUAUUUGAUGGGUUUUUGAAGUACUUAGGAAACCUGAUCUAAUAGCUAUUAAAUGUUAAUCUCCUGGUCUACUCUCUAAAUGUGCCACUGUUCCUUUUUUUUUUUUAGUUAUAACUAUAACCUAUGUAAAUAUGAAGCUAUACUAUUGUUUUGUUGGAUAUGUAAAAAAAGUAAUUUUAAUAUUCUUAACAUUGUAAAAAUACUUAGUGUAUUGACGCAAUUAUAUAAAUAAAUAAAAAAAAAAAAUAUUCUUCUUUUCAUUGAUUCACUAAUUGAUAGGUACAUAAUUAAUUUCUGUGACUGAUUGUUUUUUUUUACAAAACUUUAAAUAAAAAAAAUAUUCUCUAUGCCCAUCCACACAUAAAUAAUUAUUGUUUAUUAUUUUUGUUAUCCCAGGCGUCAUUAGUGUCAAAAUAUCAAUGAGUAAUCAGCUGGUUGACUCAUGUCUGUGAGUACAUUAUAAUUUAUUAUGAUGAUUAUUAUAAGAUACUAUAUUUAUUUAUUUAAGAUUUUAUAUUAUUAUUCUGGAUAUAAAUUAUACAUAAUAAUGAAUAAUAUAAAAUAUUGCAUAAUUUAUUAUAAUUAAUAAUAAACUUCAUUAAUUUUGUACAAUCAUCAAAAAUAAUUGUCGAUUAUCUAUGUUUUUUUUAUUCUAUGGAUUCAUCUUCCUAUAAGUAGAUAGCUUCAAUUCAGAACAUAAUUUCACAAUAUUUACCAUAUUCUAAAUUACAACAUAAUCUUUUGAAUAAUAUUAUUAAUUUAGUUAUCUAUAUAAAUUUAUGCCAUUGUUAUUGAUUAUGUAUUAAAUUUAUAAUAAAUAAAACACAAUUAUUGUUAACUGAUUAAAAUGCAGCGUUACAUUAAACUAUUUCAAUAAAAGACAUAAUGUUAAUAUUAAAAUGCUUUACUAUUGACUAUAGGCACUUAAUGGUUUUAAUAAUGAAAAUGAUAUUGGUUUAUUUUAUAAUAUUUUAUUAUCUAUUUAUUUUUAAAACAAAUAUAAUCCUUAAUGUCAAAGUAAACUUAUGUUCAAUUGACAAGUUAGAUAAAAAAUAAAACAAGUUUUUAAACUUUAAAAGUAAAUAUCUCAAUAACAAUUAGAAUCUUAGGUAAAAUAUUCUCAACAUAAUCUUAUUUAAAUUUAAAUUAAUUAUUUUUAUGUAAAUAUAUAAAAUUUUACUGAUUGUAUAUCAAUAGAUUUUUGUUGUCAGUGUUUCUGCUUUUCGAAAUUGUGCUUAAAUUUGAGUUUUUUCUUUUUUUGGAAAUUCCUACCUAGCUUACCCAUGUAAAUUUUUUCAGAUAAAACCUGAGGUAUUCAGUAUUUAUGUAUUCAAAAAAAAAAUUUUUAGAGCAUCCUAUACUUAAAUAUUAAGCCAUGUAUAUUACAAAGACUUGAGUUACUUAAUUUUUUUUUCAUUUUAUGAGGUAUGUAGCUAAUUUAGAACUACAAUAUUAAUAUUUAAGUCUGCUUUCUUUUAAAAAAAAGAAUAUGAUUCUUAGUAUUGUGUUUUAUAUUCUAAUUUAUUAUCUACUUGAUGGUAGUUCUUUUUACAUGUAUAUUUUAUUGAGCUAAACAUGUUUAAAAAUUAUUUAGGAUUAAAUUCCUAAAAGAUGUAUGAAGUAUUUUAUUAAAUUGACAUUAAUUUAAUAUGACAAAUUGUUGAUAAAAUAUUAUGUAAAAACACUUAAUAAAUAUUGUUUUAUUGAUCAUUAUUAUUAAUCAUUAUUUUAAUAUGAGAAUGGAUUAAAAAAAAAAAAAAAAACGAAUGUAUUGUUAACAUGGCUUUUUGUAAACACAAUGAAACAUAUUUUUUAAAAAUUUGCUUGGGUGACAGAUUGGUGAACCGGAGGGUGGAGAAACUCCAAGAGCAAAGCUUUACCUGCACCGAAAUAACACAGAGGUAUUGCAUUUUUACAAAAACUGUAAAAACUAGUUGUCAUGUUUUUCAAGUUAAACCAUAUAUGCUUUGUUUUGUUAUGGCAUGUUUUAGAAUUUUUUUUUAUUAUUUGCUUUUGUUGUUGAUUUUUAAUAUUUAUUUUUUUUUAGUGGAUUUAUCUAUAUUUUGUAAUAUAAAAUCAUUCAUAAGUCAUUUAAUAAUUAUUAAAAUUAUGUAAUAAACUAUUGUUGUUAGAAUUUUUAAUAAUUCAUUUAAAUCUAUUAGGUUAGGUACCUAUGGAAACUAGUUGACAUAUAUACAUUUUUUUUUAUUAAUAAUGUACAAUAAAUACCAACAUUUACUUACCUUAAAAGGUCCAAAAGUGAAUAACUGUAAAAUACAAUAUUUAUUAUUUAUUUAGGUAAUUCAUACAUAAAUACAUUUUUAAUAUUUGUCCAACAUUUUUUUUUGGUUUUCAUUUUUGCUAUUGUUCAGAAUAACCAUAAUAUAUAAACAUCUACAUAAUAUAUUUUUUGAUCUUGCUUUUUAGUAAUGUUACUUCUAUGUUAGUAGAGAAUUAUAAAUUAUAUUAAAUAAAGUAAUUUUAGUCAAGUUUAUUUAUUAUAUAAAUUCAAUAGUCCCUACGUAUAUUUAUCAUAUAAAACUAAAUAAUUUUUUUGUAAUAUGUUGAUAAUGUAUUUUAUUAAUUGGUUUAAUAAAUCAAUUAAGUUCUAUGAAUGAAAUAAUUCUAGGUAUAGUCAACCCUCAAUAAUUUAAACCUUUGAUAAUUCAAAAUAAAUCUUGUUCUCUUAAAAAUCUCAUGGUAAUUCAAAUAAAAAUAAUUCAUUUAAGUACACUCGGUAAUUCAAAAUUAAAUUUUCAGAAAACUGGCCAUUAACACGUGACAAUUUGAAGUUUAUCCAGCAAUUUGAAGUAUAUUCACCAAAUGUAUUUCUUAUAAUUUUUUAUUAUUAUUUUCGAUAACUAUAGAAUUAUUAUCGUAAGUACCUUAUCAUAAGCAUUUUAAUUCUUAAUUACCUAACCUUAAAUGAAGAAGAAAACAAUUAUUGACUAAUAAUUUAAUAUACAUAAUUAAUUCAAUAUAUUUAAUAAUAUUAAUCAUUUUAUAUUUACAUUUUAAAAACAAUAAAUACUAUAAUGCCGCCUAAUUUGCUAAAAUAUUUAAUAAUUAUAAUAUUAAAACAAUUUUUUCAAAACUCAGUAAUUCAAUUUUUUUUUGCUCUCUUUAUUUCGAACUACUCAGCAAUUUGAACUCUCAGUAAUUCAAAAUUAAAAGGAACUUCGAAUUAUUCAGAGACUACUGUAUAUGUAUUGGUAAUGAUAGGAUUCUAGGUGUACAUAAGAUAAUGUAUGUGUAUAUAUAUUAUACCAGUGAUUGCUUCUCCCAUAAGACUCAUCUCUAAAAGUUUCAUUUAACUUUUAAAUUUUAAAUGUUAUGUAAAUUUAGAAUAAUUGCAUGUAUAAUUCAUGUUAUAUUAAUCAAUUUUGUUGUACCUACCAAUUUUCAUACAGUAACAAAGUUUUGAACAAUAAAUUUGUCUAAAGCUACCCAUUUUUUUAGAUUCUGUUUGUAGUAAGCAUUUACUAAGAUGGGGUUUUUUUUCUUUUGAAACAGUGGCCAGUAAAAAAUGGUCAAAUUUUUUCAUACAGUACCUUAAAUGAUCUAGAAUUUAUUCCUUGUAUUUUAUUUGAAAAAUUAACAAAAAAUUAUAAUAUUUCAUAAUGAUUUCAUUUUUGUUAACUUUUUAAUUUCCCUGGUUCUGUUUAAAAUCAAAUUUUGAUUGCUAUAAUUUAUCGCUGCUUAGUAUAUAAAAUAAAUUAGUAAAUAUAUCUUUUACCUUUCAUUGUUCAACCUAUAACAGUGGUUUUACUGUUAUGUGAAGUAUGUUCUAUUUUAUUGAAAUAAUUUUGUCAUUUACAGAUUUAAAUUUUAAUGAUUCAUUAAAAAUGCAUGGCUGUAAGAGAUAUUUUUCAUUUUUUAUCUACUUAUUUAUGUUUAUGACAGUAUCUACAUUCUAGAUAUUAAUAUUAUCAUUGAUUAUAAGUAUUAAAUUGUAUUAUACUUAUACUAUGUAUAAUCAAUGGUAUGAUCUUCAUUCUUGAUAAUAAACUCCUUAAUCAUACUAAUUGAUAAUUAUUAUUAUUUAAUCUAAAGCUGGUCCCUCAGGGUUUACGCUUUAUGAAAGUGUUUAAUUGUCAAAUAUGGUGAUUAUUUUUAACCGCCAAGUCACUUGUCAUUUUUCAUUGGUUGUCAGUAAAUGUGAUAUGAGUCAAAGGAAUUAUAAAAUAUGAUUGUGUUUAUUAUUAUGGUGAUUGUAGAGUUUCCCAUACAACUCAUCCUUGCUCACCACUAGCGACAAACUACCGUUCACAGUUGCCAGUUAGAAGUGUAGGUAUGUAGGAGUGUAGGAGUGACAUAAUCAUUAAGUUAAAAUACUCGACAAAAUACUUGUGUGGGACCGGCUUAAUGACAAAUGUAUUCAAGAACUAGGUACUGGUUUUUAAAAGCAAUUAAUACCAACACAUUACAUUCUAAGAUAAUAAGUGUCUUAUAUAAAAAAAAAAAAAACAUAUAAGUAACUCUGUAUAGUAGAAAUCAUUUAUUAGGUUAUGAGUACCUACUAUAGAGUACCUACCAAUAAAAUAUUGUCAUUCUAUUUAUCUAAUUUUUUGAUAUUACUAAUAAUGCUUGUUUUUAAGCACAGGUAUACAAUAAAAUUAGGCCUCAAUAACUUUUAUUCAUAAAAAAAAAAACUUGUAUAUUCCUCAAAAAAAAAAAUAAAAAUUCUGAAAUUAAUUAGGUUAGUUUUAUAUAAAAAAGUAAUAUUUGUUUUAAUAUUCUAUUUUAAUUAGUUCACUUCGCUUAUUAUUCAUUUAGUGUAAUUAUAAAAGAUUUGUUUGAUAUGUAUAAUUAUUAUUAUUACUAUUUAAAAUUUAAAUAUACUUAGUUUAUGUAAUUGAUUUAAGUUAAUAAUAAUUUUUUUUAAAUUUUAGAGCUCAAUCAGACCUCUCUCAAAAUAAUCCUUUCUCUAAUGAUAAUACAUAUGCAAGUAAUAGUGUUCAAGAAAACAUAACUGAACAACCAGUAUUAGUCUCUCAAACAAAACAACAUCAAACUACUCAACAAGUUAGAAUCUACCUAUUUAAUUUUAAUUUAUAUGUUCUGGCUGUAAAAACAAAUUUUUAAUUUUACUUUUUAUUUAAGGUCACAACAGUAACAAAAGUUGUACGAGAAGUCCAUCAUAUGAUUCCAAAUGGCCAUUCUCUAGAUUACAUUCCAUAUACAUUAGGAGCAUCUACUUCAGCAUUACCAACCCAACCGAAUAAUUUAGCUCAUAUGUCAGAAUCUGGUUUGUAAUUUUUGAAUAUUAAAAUAAUAUCUAAUUAUAAACUAUUAUUAUUAGGAAAUUCGCUCACAAAGUAAUGGUGUUUUUGAUUUGAUGCACUGUUUUAUUGAGAAGUGUCAGAAAUGUUGAAAAGUGACAUUUGAUUUAAUAUUGCACUGAUUAUGAUUUUGGUGGUGGCAAUUUUAUAUGGUUCUAAGAUCAUAAUUGUGGUUUAGAUGGUUACUUCAAUGUGUUAGGGAUUUAUUUUUUGAUGAUCAUCACAAAUACAUGUCCUAUCCUUAUAAUAACAUAUAGAAGACCCCUUAAUACACUGUAAUCUUACUUUGUGGAUGACCCACCCAUUUACAUUUAAAAAUUAAUUUUUUAUUGAUUAUUUGUUUUAUUUAAAAAGGUGUUAUUUUUUUUUAUAAACAUUAAGGAGAUAAUUAAAUUAUACAAUAUUAGAGUUUUGUAAAUUAAUAAUUGACAUUAAUAUUUUAUAUCAUAUAUAUAUAUAUAUAUAUUCUUGUUCUUAUCAGGACAUUAUAAUAAUGACUACCAGAAUUACAAUCCGGGCUGCCAAGAAUAUGAUCAUUAUGUCGGUGUACACCCUGGACUUUCGUAUUACAGUUCCAAUAAUUUAGCUGGCCAGCAAAGUGCUAAUAAAAUUGAUGGAAGUGCAUAUCAAGUUUAUGAUACUGGUAUACCACCUAACCAACUGGGGCAUGAUUAUAAUGAAACUGUACCAACACCACCAAGCCCUAGCACCUGCAGUGAAUCGCCUCCACCUCAUCAAUUAUUGGCUCAAGGUAAAAUAAAUUAUUUGGAUUCGCUCCAAUUAUUAAUUAUGUUUAUUAUCAAAAUACAAGAAUUCGUUCAAUAAAAAUGAAAAUAAUAUUUUUUGUUGUUCAACUGCCUCUCUCGUAUUAGUUUUCAUUAUCUAUAUUUUUGAUGCCUUUAGACUUUUCUUAAUUCUGACAAUUUUGACCAUCAAAGAAUAAAGGAAGUACACAAAACAAAUUGGGUGGGUGGAACCAAGGAAAAACACCAAAAUAUAAAUAUAAUAAUUAAUAUAUUUAUAUAUAAUAUAAUAUUAAAUAUAUAUAUAAAAAUAUAUGCAAUUUUAACUAUAUCUGAUCUUAUUAAACGGAUCAUGGUCAUAUUAUCUUAUCAGUUAUAUAGUUAUCAAUUUCUGAUUGUUAUUAAUUAUUGAUUAACUUAUCUAUGUACCUAUAAUAUUACAUGUUAUUAUUUUCCAAUAAAUUUUAAAAUAAUUAAUGAUUUUUCUUUGGUUUUAUUUUUAUCUACUACAAAACAUAUUAAAUACAUUUUUCCUGUAUGCAUAAAAAUGUGCUGUAUUUUGUACUUUUUUGUACCACAUUAUAUAGGCCACUGUAAAGUAAAAGUUUGAAAGAUAUAGAAUAUAGGGCAAUUUAAUUUGUAUACUGAAAGCAACAAUAAAUUAAAAUCAAAAACCGAUUCUGAGCAGAGGCAUAUUAGUUAUGCUUUUUCCCUUUUAAUCCUAGAAUCAGCAAAAUAAAAUGGAUGUAUUGACAUUUAUUUUCAUUUUUUAGAUUCUGAGUCGUGAAUCACCUAUCAGAAAUUUUCCAACCCCACUCGAAUACAAAUUACAAUAUAACAAUACACAUAGAAAAUGUCCAAACUUUUCUUAACAGUCCUCUACCUAUGUCACUACCAGCUAAACCAAUCACACCACAAGAAAUAAAAUAUUAUNCAACUAACAAAUAAAACCAUCCUUCUUUUGACUCACAUAUACAAUACAAUGCUCAGGUUAUCAUACAUUCCCCCAAUAUGGAAAUUCUCAACAAUAAUAUUAAUUGCUAAGCCAGAAAAACCAAAGCAUUUGGUAACCUCAUACCGCCCAAUAAGUUUACUAUUUAGGGAAACUUUUCGAAAAAUUACUACUUAAAACAAUAACCCCUAUUAUAAAAGAAAAAAACAUCAGCCCUAAUACUCAAUUUGGAUUCCGAUCAUAUCAUUAGUCAAUCAACCAAAUACAUAGAAUUACCGACAAAAUAUCAUCAUGAUUCGAAAAAAAAAGAACACUGCUCCGGUGUAUUCCUUGAUAUCGCGCAAGCAUUUGAUCGCGUCUGGCAUUAUUGUUCAAAUUAAAACCGUUUCUACCUGCUCCGUAUUUCCUCAUCCUAAAAUCUUAUCUUGAAGACCGAUAUUUCACUGUUAAGUUUAACAAUUCUUACUCUGUCUACCAUAAAAUCAAAGCGGGAGUACCCUAGGGAAGUAACCUAUCACCUAUACUCUACAAUAUCUACACAUCAGAUAUGCCCAAAACAAACCAUACAACUCUAGCGACAUAUGCAGACAUACUAACUAUACUAACUAUACUAUACUUACUAUACUAACAUCAAAUAAAGACCCAAACAUAGCCACCCAUGAUAUACAAUACCACUUAAAUCUAAUCUCCAAUUAGACUCAAAAAUGGAAAAUUAAAAUAAACGAAAACAAAUCAGUUCAAAUAAAUUUUUCUCUGAAAAAAAAACGAAUGUCCACAACUUUUGCUCAAUAAUACACCAAUUACUAUCCAAAAUGUAACCAAAUAACUCGGAGUUCAUCUAGAUAAAAGACUUACCUGGGCCUAACACACAAAACAGAAAAAAAAAAAAAAUCAAACACACAUCUACAUCUCCUCCGUCCAUUAUUGUCUCCUUCAAUGAAUUUAAAAAACAAAAUAUUAAUAUAUAAGACGAUUAUUACUCCCCUCUGGUCAUAUGGUAUCCAAAUCUAGGGCCAAGCCAAACCAUCCAAUAUAAGACCCAUACAAGUUUUCCAGUCUAUAUGUCUUAGACAAAUAACUGGAGCCCCAUGGUAUAUGGCUAACGAUGCAUUACAUAAAGAUCUCCAAAUCCCAACAGUCAACGAAAUAGCAACUCACCAUUACAAAAAGUUUCACUCCAAACUGCACUCGAACCAAAACCCUCUAUUUCCCGCAUGUCCUCUAUAACCAUCCCCAACAAUCCUCUGAGAAGGUUAAAAAGAAAAUGCCCAAGAGAAGCUCUUGCCUAACGGUCUCCAUAUUAUAUGAACCCAUCAAAUUAAAUAGGAGGUACUGUUGAUGGAUGGUUUCCCCCCCUCAAGACAUUCAAGUCAUUUUAAUAUUACCUAUGUUAUCAAAUUUACUUAUUGUACAAAUUGUAUAGAUGGUAAAUAUGCUUCNAUGCUUAAAAAAAAAAAAAAAAAAAAAAAAAAAAAAAGAUUCUGAGUGGAGCGAAGAAGCUUAUGGUAUUACAAAGAUAUUUAUUUUUUUUUUCCUGUGAACAACUUUUCUACCAGCAAUUUUGCUUUGAAUUACAAUGAUGGCACUUUUUCUGAAAAAAAAUCUGAUAGGGAAAGUACUUUAUGAACAUCAUUUUCGAUUUUUCUAGGCUUUUUAAAAACGGGAAUAAACAUUAAUCAAUCAGUAUAUUAAACAAAUAUUCUAAAGAAAAUAUAUAAUUCCUAUUUAAUUAAUUUAUUAUAAUAAGACAUAUGUCUUAUUAUAUAUUGUUGACAAAGCAUCACUAUCAACUGAAUUCAGCUCAGAAUCGUUUUUCAUUAGCAAUGGUUUAUCGUUGCGUACAGGUGUACAUUAAAUUACCUUUAAAAGUGGCUGCAUCUUUCUCCAUUAUCCUAGGACAGAUUUUUUAAAAUUUGAUAGACAAAUUGUUGGAAAUUAAGCAGUGUUUUUUUAAAUAAAUUGCCAUCUAGUAAAAAAAUCCAAACUGUUAAAACAUGUGUAAAACAUUAGUUCCAAUUAAAAUCUGAAAUAAUUGUAAAUAUUAUAAUACUAAUUAAAAGUAUUUAAUAUGUUUAUUAUAUAUUUUUUUAAAUUUUUGUUUAGGCAAUUUUUUAAAAAAAUAAGCUGUUCUAAAGUGUUACAUUGCCAUUCAUUUUUUCCAUCUUGGGGGUGAAAUCAUACUCCUUUUUGAUUUUUAUAUAGCAACCAAUAAUGAAAAUUCUAUAAAUAAAUGAAGUUUUUCCAGUUAAAUAUAUUUUAGUGUUGAAAUUUUUAAUUUCUGUUAACCCAAUGUAUGAUAUUCUGCUUUUUUUUUGGAAAAGUAAUAAAGCACUAUUUAAAUAUUGCAGGUAAUAUAACAUUUUAGAGCUGCUUAUUUCAGAAAUUGUGAAAACAAAAUUAAAAAAAUUCAGAUCUAAAUUAAUACUUUCUGCAAUAAUUAGUGUUAUUGAGAUUAGUGUCUUAUAAAAUAUUUACAAUACAUACUUAAUAUUUUAUACAAAAUAUAAUUUUGUUUAGAAUACUUGAGAAAAGGUUUACCAUAUCCUACUUCUGGUUAUGAAGAACUGGAUUCAAGUGCUUUACAUCCAAAUCAUUAUCACCGAAUUACUCCAUCGCCUGGUGAUUGUUAUGGUUAGAAUUAUUACUUUUUUUUAAUGAAUAUUAUACAAAAUUUAAAUGCAUUUAUUUAUUUAGAUCAAAUGAGUGGAUCUUGGAAUAUAGAUGAUUGUGGUGAACAAAUGGUAGCUCAAGGUUUGUUGGUUUUUUUUUUUAAUAUUAAAAUAAAUAUUAACAUGUACUUUGUUUUCUUAUGUAGGUCUUAGAUGGAGAGAUCCCAAUUUGUCUGAAGUUAUUACAUUCUUGGCUAACCCCAAUAAUUUAAUCAAGGCAAAUGCAGCUGCAUAUUUACAACACUUAUGCUAUAUGGAUGACCCAAAUAAACAAAAAACUAGAACUUUAGGAGGAAUACCUGCUUUGGUGAAACUUUUAAACCACGAUUGUCCUGAUGUCUAUAGAAAUGCUUGUGGAGCCCUAAGGUACAUAUUUUCAAUACUGUUGCAGAUAUUUAUAGAAUUAAAAUUUUAUUUAUUUUUUAGAAAUUUAUCAUAUGGCAAACAAAAUGUCGAAAAUAAGAAAGCUAUUAAAAAUUCAGGUGGAAUUCCAUUACUUAUUAAUUUAUUACAUAAGUCUGCUGAUGCUGAAGUUAAAGAACUUGUUACUGGAGUUCUAUGGAAUUUAUCAUCUUGUGAAGUAAUUAAUGUAAUUAAGUCUCAAAGUUGGGGUUUUAAAUAAAUAUAUUUGCUUUUUACAGGAUUUAAAAAAAUCAAUUAUUGAUGAUGGUCUCUCAACUAUUGUAAACCAUAUAUUAUUGCCUCAUUCAGGAUGGAGUCCUACUGUUUGCAGUGAUAUUUGUUGGUCAACUGUAUUUAGAAAUACUUCUGGAGUAUUAAGGUAAACUGGAUUUUUCAUUGAUGAAUUUGUAACUAAAAUUAAUAUUUUUUUUCUAGAAAUAUAAGUUCAGCUGGAGAAUAUGCACGGAAAAAGUUACGUGAAUGUGAACAUUUAGUUGAUUCUUUACUAUAUGUCAUUUCUACAGCUAUUGAAAAGUCAAACAUUGGUAAUAAAAGUGUUGAAAAUUGUGUGUGUAUUUUGCGUAACUUAUCUUAUCGAUGUCAAGAAGUGGAAGACCCUAUAUAUGAUAAACAUCCAUUACCAUCUCAAAGUAGAAUUGGCCCACAACCAAAAGGUAAGCUUGCAAAACUUGAAAUAUAUAUUUGAUGUUAAUUUUGUAUACAUUUUAUUAAUUCAAAAUAAUUUUGCAUUCUAGCAGAAAACUUAGGUUGUUUUGGCGCUAGUAAAAAGAAAAAAGAUAUUCAAAUAGUUUCUCCAAAAGAAAACCCUAGCAGCCGUAUAAUCCCUAGAUCAGAACCAGCAAAAGGAAUGGAACUUUUAUGGCAACCUGAAGUACAAAUAUUUUUAUAUUUUUGGAUUUUUGCCCUUUAUUCUCUUAAACUAAUUAUUUUCUACCUAUUUCGGUGCUUUUUUCACCUUCUAUUCAAUUAUUGGUUUUAUAUCAUUUUAUAGAAUCUAUAUCUUUCUAUUUAUAUGCAAGGGAAUAACCCUAUAUAUAUAUAUAUUAAUAUUAGGUAGGGUGGUCUUUAUUUUUGAAUAUUAUUAUUUUUGGUGAUUGACUACCUCCUUCCCUAUUUUGUUCAUUACUGAGUAAAAGUAAUCUGUGUGAAAUUUAGUCACGAUAAUUUGCCUCAAUUCUAUGCUACAUGAGUGUUGAAAAUUACUGACCUUAAAAUGAUAUAAGACUUUGGUAGUUUUUGUUAAUGUCUAUAUAAACUAUUGUUAUGCAAUUUACUGAAAAAUCUGUUUUUCCCAAGAAAAAUAUAUAAUAUUUCACAUAUUUGUCAAAUGGCUCUUCAGCCAGAUAGAAACAGAUAUGAAACAAUGUUUAGUAUAAAAAUGAUAUAGAAUUUAAUUUCUUAAAAAAAAAAAAAAUAAGUAAUUAAUAAAAACUUAAUUAAAGUGACCAAUUUAAUGUUACACUAGGAUUUAUUUUGAUGUAUUAGUGGAUAACUGAUAUAUUAUCACUUUUAUAUUAUUAAAAAAAAAAAAAUGAAUUUGAUGUUUUUUUUUUUAAAUUUAUAGUAAAAAUGAAUCCUUAAUGAUUGUCAUGAAUAUCCAGGAUAGGUUUCUUUUUAUAUUUUUGAUUAACUUAAGGUAAUUCAAGACACUUAGAAUACAUCAAAAAACAUUAAAUAUUUUUAUUUAGAAACUGUUAACAGUUUUUUUUCUAACUUGUAAUAAAAAUUGCUUUUGGUUUUUAUUUUUGGUGAACUUGUUAUUAUACUCUAUGAGUUACAUCUUUUCCACUUUUAUGAUUAUAAGACCAUUGUGCUAUAUGCCAUUAACCCCCUAAUAUGCACAAUGCACACUAAUUAAACUCUGUGUGAUUUGUGCCUUAUUACAGUAAUUUUUUAACAUUUUUGUUAUUACUCAUUUAAAAAUAUUAUUUUAUUUAUGAAAUUUUGCAGGUAGUUCAAGCAUAUUUAUCGUUAUUACAAAGUUGUUCAAAUCCAGAAACUCUUGAAGCUGCUGCUGGAGCUAUUCAAAAUUUAUCUGCUUGUUAUUGGCAGCCAAGUAUUGAAAUAAGAGCAGCUGUAAGAAAAGAAAAAGGUCUUCCCAUACUUGUAGAACUUUUGCGGAUGGAAGUUGAUAGAGUUGUAUGUGCUGUUGCUACAGCAUUACGAAAUUUGGCUAUUGACCAAAGAAACAAGGAACUUAUAGGUCUGUUUUAAAUCAAUGUAUCUUAUAUUUUUCUAUUUAAAAAAAAAAAAUUUCAUACAUUUUAAUAUAUGAAUAUUAUUUAAUAUAUAAAUUAUAUAUUUAGGCAAGUAUGCAAUGAGAGAUUUAGUUCAAAAAUUACCAUCAGGUAAUGCUCAAAAUGACCAGGGAACUUCAGAUGAUACAAUAGCUGCUGUUUUAGCAACUUUAAAUGAAGUUAUUAAAAAAAAUGCUGAAUUUGCAAGGUAUUUAACAUUUAAUAAGUAUAGCAAAUAAUGUUUUAAGAGGGUGUGAUGUAGAAUUGUAGAGUAUAGAAUGUAAACAUUUGAUAUUCUUGUAAUUAGAUAGGUUUAGAGCAGGGACCUUUGACCUAUGACCAGGAUGUAGCAUGCAGCUCAUCUAGUCUUUAUUUAAGUUCUAUGAUUAAAUUUUAGCAUGUAUAUUUUCUAUUAUUAUCCAGUUAGCAGAUACAUUUUGAAGUUUAUUUGCUUAAAUAUAAACCGAAAACAAAAUGAUUUGAUUUUCAAACCGUGCUGUGAACAAUAGUUGAAAACUCAACAAUUAGUGUUAUACAAAUUAUUAAAAGAUUACAAUGUGACAUGAUAAUUCUGACUUUUGAAGAUAAUUUGUAUUAUAUUUGCAGUAAUUAAUUUGAAAAAUCAGACUCUUAUGUGUCGUAAUCAUUCCUUCAACAAUUUUCGAAAUUCCCGGCUAAAACUGUUUUAUUAUACUUUUUUAAAAUUUUUCAAAUGAUAAUUUUUCAUAGGUCUUUACUGGACUCUAGUGGAGUGGAACGAUUAAUGAAUAUAAUCAGACAGCGACAGAAAUACACUUCUAGAGUUCUGAAAUUUGCCAGUCAAGUUUUGUUUGCCAUGUGGCAACAUCAAGAAUUAAGAGAUGCUUACAAAAAACAUGGUUGGAGAGAACAAGAUUUUGUUACCAAAACUAUUGCUGCUCGUAAUGCCGCAGGUGGCAUACAUUCACCAAACAAUGCAAACAGUACUCUCAAUCGUCCAAUGGCAAGCCAAGGGGGAACCCGGUAUGAGGAUCGCACGAUACAAAGGCAAAGGGUGAGUUUUUUUUUAUUUAUAAGAUUUAUUCCUUCUCAGCAAAGUUUGUUUUGAAGGUUAGUACAAUUGAUAUCAAGCAAAAAUAAUAAUUAAAUCAAUCAUUUUAAAUUUGUUAAAAGAGAUAGUAACAGAUAAUAUGUAGGUAUUACAAAUAUAUUCUUAGUAGAUAUCAUAUUAAACUAAUAGUAUAAAUGAAAAUAAAUAAAUAAAAUACUUUUUUAUGCUAUUUAUUAGUGUCCUCUAAUUGUUUAUUCAAGAAUUAAUAUUUUUGACUAAAAUUAUUUUUGCAGUUUUUGAAUAAUUUGUUUUUUAGUGUCAUUAAAGGCAAAGCUGGGCCAUUUACUUAACUUGAGUAACUGAUUAAGCUAUAGUUGCUAGUAAUUAAUAAAAAAUUUAAAUAUUGUCAUUACUCCUUUUUAAAUUAUUUUUUAAUUAUUAGUAGUUAUAAUAAUUAUUCAUCAAAAAUAUAUAAGUUUUAAAGGCUUUUUAAAUAUUUUUUUCAUUGACUUUUAAUAGUAAUGUUUUAUCAUCAGAUGACCAGUUCUCAGAGAAAUAAUAUACGUAUGAAUCUUCAUGUAUUGAUGUUUAAAACAAUUUUUCCAUAGUAACAGCAUGUUGUUGUCACCAUAUUAUAUUUAUGUAAAAUCAAGGUGUACUGAUGAUACAUCUUGGUAAAAAUAUUAUUUUUUUUUGUCCAUUAUUUAUUACUCUUGAUAAAUACAUAUCAAUACUCUCAGGAAUGAUAUUGAUGACAAAAUAAUACAAACCUGUAACUUUUUGAUUUAAAUAAAAAUUAAUUUUUAAGUUACUCGCAUACACACUCAAAAAUAAACUUACAAGUUAUAAAGUUACUAAUUUUUGUAACUUUCUCACUAGUUACUGCCCAGUUUCAACUAAAUGAUUUAAAACAUUUUCAGACACUCUAAUGUAUAAGGUUUGGUAUUGAGCUCGACACACUUAUGCCUUAUUGAUCAUACAAUCAUAUUAUUAUCUAUAGAAACUCAAACUCUUUAGCCCUAUAAAUUAAUUAUUGACAUGUAUUGUAGAUUCUUACACAUAUUUUUAUCUAAUUUAACCAUAAAUAUCUUACACUAUUUGAUGUCUAUGACAUUGAGAUUAUCAUUGCUAGGCAAGUUAUUCUUUCAAAAAUGUAAAACUGGAUCUUAAAAAGGUUCACUUUUGUUAUUUAUCAUACAGUUCAUAAACCUGGCUGUGUUACCAGACAUGAAAAUUGUAUUAAUAAUUAUAUUUAUUAGACAAUUUUGAAUAAUUAAUAAUGGUAUUUAAUUAUUUUUUUUUAGGUUUCCGUGGAUUUUUCUUAAUUUUGUUUGAUUUUAUUGUGUAAUUUUAAUAUAUGCCUAUCUUAAACAAAUUUUUAUUUAUAUAUACGACUAAGAAUGAAUUGUUUUUUUUUGUUUUUUUUUUUUUUUUUUUUUUUUUUUUUUUUUUUUUAUUGUUUUUUUUUUUUUUUUAAUUUCUUUGAGUAAAAAUUUAUAUCAAAUUAAAUUAUGCAUUUUUUAUUCUUAUAAAUGGUUUUUAAACAGUGAAAAAUAUUAGUCAUUAAUUAUUAUUAAUUUAUUGUAUAUCUAAUACCCUUUGUUGUAAGAUGUAUUGGUUUAUUAGCUAGGUUGCUAAAUGUGGCCCUGAUGUCCAUAGGAAUCAUACAAGGUGUAUCAAAUAGGUGAAUGAUCAACAUAAAAAUUGUUUAUAUUUUUCAUCUAAUUAAAUCCUUAUUAAUAGUUUUAAAGAAAAACAUAUAUAUUUAUAUUUUCGAUAAAUUAAAUGGUUUGACUAGAAGGGUUUAGAAUUUUACCUUACAAAAUUAACACUUGCUACUGUUGUUUUUUUUUUUUUUGGUUAAUUUUUGACAAUUUUGACUUAAUUACUCUCUUUUUUUUAUUCUUAUAUUACAAAGAUUUUUAUUGUCAAGGACUUCUAUAAUUACCUUACUUUUAAGGUUUAGAGGAAACGAAUAUCUUAUAAUUUGUUUUAUAGGAUUAUUUUAAUGAUAUUAUUUUUAUACUUAUAAAGUUAUAAAUAAUAUUAUUAUAUUCUCUAUUAUUUAUUAUGUUAAAUUUUUUUUAAAAAAUGUUUGUUUAUAAGAAAUUUGAUAAUUAAUAUUAGUUUAAUGGUUUAUUUUCUUUGAGAAACAACUCUUGUUUAUGUUUUAAAAAGUGAAGCAAACCAAAUCAUUCAUUCAUUAAGCAGUUAAUCUCUUAAAUUUCUAUUCUUAAUUGUUGCAAUAUAAAUUAUUAUUUUUAUCUUAAUGAGAAAAACCAUAUCAGCAAAAUUUACUUCAUUAAUUCUAUGUAUUUUAUCCUAUCACUUAUUUUAGAAAGGCAUUAGUUUUCAACUAAUUGAAUAUAAGUAAUUAGUUAUUUUAUUUUCAAUUACUGUUUUUCAUUUUCAAUUUCUAGUGCCAACAUUGUGGUUAGGUAAUAUUCCUAUCAUUUGAGAGUGAUCUAUAUCUAUAUAUAUAUAUAUAUAUAUAGUUAUUGUGCAAUUUUAUCUAAUGUUAGCAAUAUUUUCACAAUAUUAGUCUCCAUAAUUAAUUUAUAUUAUACACAAGUGUUUUUUUUCAUACAAAAGUUAUAAUAAAUUAUAACCAGAAAUAUAAAUAAUCAUAGAAACUAACUUCAUGUUAAGUUUCAAUUAAGAUAAUUAAUAUUGAGAUAUGCUAUUUUCAAUUUACAUUAUUAAAAAAAGAAAAUCAAUAAUAAUUUACCAAAUUAUAAUUUAUACUUCUUAUAUUCAUUUAAAAUUCUACUGUUAAUAUAAAUAAGCAUAAAUUUAGAAGUGUAAUUGUAAUAUAUUUUUUUUAUAAUUUAAAAAAUUAAUUAAAAUAUUGGAAUGAUCUAUUUAAAAAUCUACAGUUUUAUAAUAUCAGUCAAGAAAAAGUAUGUAUAUUUUUAAAUUUUAGACAGUAUACAUAUCUGUCAUAAUUAAUAGAAAUUUGAAUUUUUAUUAUUUUCAUACAUUUUUAAAAUAGUAAAUGAAAAUAUGUGUAACAGUUUUUUAUAGUUUAAUUUUUUAAUUUUUUUUUUUUGGACAGGAGAAGGUAUUUCAACUACAAUUUUCUUAGAUUUAGAAUGAAUUAGUUAUUGAUACUUGUUAUUUAAUAUUGGAGCAAUAUCCCUAAGAAAUUGAUUUACAGUUUCAUGUACUCAAAUUAUCUCAACAUAGUUUGCAAAUUAAAUUUUUAUUUUAAUAUGCAUUAACGUUUUUACACUUAGACAAUAAUAUGUUAGAUUUGUUAUUUAAAAAGAACAUUAUAUUCUUUUAAUAAUAUUCCAGUCUUAAGUUUUUUGAUAUUUUUUAGUACUUCUUACAAUUGAUUACUAAACAAAUUAACAGAACUGACUAAAUUUAAUAGUUUGAUUCAUUGAAUUAACAAAAAUAAAUUCCCCUUUUAAUUUAGGUAUGUCUGCAUCUUUGGUCGUACACUUUGAUCUUGAAAAUGUAUUUUCUACAACAACUAAUAUUUUGAUAAAAUUCCUGUUCUUUAAAAUUGAAAUAAUAUACAGAAUGUAAGAAUUCUUUAAAAAUAAUUAAUUACACAUUUGAUUUCAUAGCCUUUAAAAAUGUCUUCAACACAUUGAUCAUAAUAUGAAACAUAUACCUAUAGAGAUGCAAUAGUUUAAUUAUUAUUCUGCUAUAAUAUUAUAAAUAGGAUAGGUAACACACAAAUAAAAUGAAAAUUAAAUUAACUGAUUGAUUUACUGUUGUAUUUCAGUAAUUUAUUUAAUUUUUGGGUGUAAGGACAUUUAAAUCUAAAUUUAUGUCCUGGUAUUUAUAUACACUUGAUGUUUUCAGAAUGAAGAUAUCCCAUUAGCUGAUAUGCCAUAUCCAGAAAUGUCUACCCAUACAGCUCCAGCUGCAGGGGUGUUAAUUUAUCCCCCGGGGCAUGUAAGUGGAUUUAAUAUAAUCUAGUAUUUUCAUAUUUGACAUAAUAUGGUUUGCUGUACACCAAUAUACAAUUUAAUAGUGUUUUGACAAAAGUAUACUGAAAUUUAAAAUUAAUUUGAAGCAUGUAAAACUAUAUUUUAGUAACAAACUAUUUUGAUAUUAAUAAUAAAAUAGUAUUUAAUUAAUAAAUUGUAAUUGAUUAAUAAUUAUUGUUUUAAAUUAUCAAUAGGCUAACAUUAUUUAUAUUUGUAAUAUUCUAUUGUUUUUUUGCAAAAACCUAGAACAUAAUAUUAUUUAGGGGCUAACUUUUAUAGUGUUCAAAAAAAAAAAAUAAACUUGAUUUCAAAUAUUUAUAAAAUGUUUAGCCAUUACGAUCCGGUGAACCUCUAUAUGCUCAAGUUAACCGUGAGAAAAAAAAGAAACCAUACGAUUCAUCUUGCUCUAUGGGUGAAAUGUUGUGGAAUUAUAAUCAACCAAGUCAACCUGAAAUAUCAUCUGUUGAUGUAUCCACCACUCAAGGAGGUGAUUCUUGGGUGUAAUGCAAUAUGAUACUUUUUACUCAUUUUUUUAAAUUUAAAUUUUUUAUUUAGAAAAUUAAUCUAAUAUAUAUUCAAUGUAAUUAUUUGUUUUUAUUAUGAGGUAAUUUUAAUUAUUUUCCGCAUUUGGGACACAAAACCAUUUUUUAUAUUAUUAUAUUUAGGUAAUAAGGAUGUUGUAGUUUUUAAAAUGUAAGUUUUACAUACAUAUAUAAUAUUUUAUCCAUCAUAAUACACAUAUUAUACACUCAUUAUUUUACGUACAAUUAAAUGCACACAAUAUUUGGAGAUAAUAAUUUAUGUGCCAAUAACUGAUAUUCAUUAUUUUAGACUUAGUGUUAUUAUAUUGGUUUUUACUUGAAUAUUAUUAAGUGGGGCUCACAUAUCUUUUCUUACAUACCUAUUGAUUUGUAUUAAUAUUAUUAAAACAUUGCAAUUUUUGGUCCUUGUUUGAAUGAAAAUAAAUCCAGUCAUAUUAUAAGGUUUAGAUUUGAAGUUUUAUACACAAAAUUAAUUGGUGUUAUUUGAAUUUUUAAUAUAUUUCUUAAAACAGUUAAAAUUCUGAUUAAAAUAAGUUAAUUUGAAAAUAUUAAUGUGCAAUGAUUGUUUGUAUUUAAUGAAAUUAACAAUAUAAAUAAUCAAUACUUUUGUAAAAUAACUAAUUAUUGUUUGAAGGAGACUUAUAUUUACUAUUGAUGAGGGCUCAUUUUUUUUUUUUUGGAAUCCAAAUUAUAGUAGCUAUUCUGAGUUGUACACAUUCAUGUUUUUAAUGAAACAUAAUUCAUUUAACUUUAAUUAUUUGUUGGUUGAACUGAAUAAUUGUGAGAGGAGUGUGAAAAACUAUGAUUUUGAACAAAACUCAGUAGUAAAUGUAAGAAAUUCUUCCAAAAUAUAAUUACAUCAAUGUAAAAUAAAAAUAUUUAUUCUAUACAAAUCUACGUGUAUUGCUAUGAAAGUUUUGUAUUGUUAGAUAAAAAAAAAAAUAGUUUUAAGUGCUUUUAUGUUCCUGACUUCAAUAUUUUUGUUAUACAUAACUAUUUAUUGUGGACAUUUUUUACAUACAUAAAUUUAUAUAUACUAUUAUGAUAUAUUAUAAUUUAAGUUUAAUUUAAGAUCAUAAUAUGAAGUUCUCCUAAACAUAUAUUACUCUCUUAAAAUCGACCUUAUUAGUAUGUAGACCCUUUGUCAAAAUAUUAAUUAUUUGAGGAUGUGUACUUUCUAUAUGGCUUUUAUGUAUAUUACAAUUUUAUAAGAUAAAUUAUUGUGUUUUUUUUUUUUUGUUUUAUCUAUUUAAUUUCACCAGUUAUGUAAUUAUAAUAUAUACCAUCAUAUUAUUUAUGUUUAUUGUAUUCUUUUGAAAACCUUAAAUGGAAUUUUAAAUUUUUUUAAGAGCCAAUUUAUUGUGUUAGUAAUUUGACUUAGACAAAUAUUUUAAAAGGCCAAAGUGUCAUAUCUAUGUUAAUUAUUAUUAUUAGUAAAAAUAUUAAUUAUAAUAAUAUGUCAAGCAAAAUCAAUAAAGUAGUUUGCAUAGUGUGUCUGAAUUCUAGUUAUUUUAUUAUCUUUCAUUCAAUCCUUUUGAAUGGGAAUAAUAUCUCUGU